CUUACAGCAGUUUACGGUAGCAGGUACGUUUUGCGGGCAUUAAGAGAAACCCCAUGCUUGCUGUAUGUUGGUCGCUAUAAGCUGUAUGUUCAGAGCUGAGAAUAAAGCCGAGUAAAGAGAGAAAGCCUUCCCUCGAUCAUUCUACAGUUAUCAUUAUAUUUGUCCAAACAAAUGUACCUUUAGUAGUACCGGCCAUUAAAAUCAACAAGAAACUGAAGAAAACAAGGUGGGCUAGUAAAUUUUUUUCCUGUGUGGGACAUGUCUGUCUCUACAGUCUACAUUUUUCUUCACUUUUAUUUAAUUUCCCCUUACAUUUAUUUAUGGUGUUGCUGCUAUUAUUUUUAUUUAUUUUAUAAUGUGUUUUAUUAUUUUUAAAAUGUUUUUUAUGUAUUAUUUUAUUUUUCCCCUAUUUGUUUGACCCAGGGGAAGUGUUCUACACUUUUACAACUUCAUGUUGUUUUUAUUCAUAUGUAUUAUUUUACCUUUAAUUAUUCCCCAUAUUUAUAUUUUUAAAUGUAUUUCUCUAUGCAACUUGUUUGUAAAUUUAAAAUAAAUAAAUAAGUAAUAGAGUGUCAGUGAAUCAGACAGGGAGCAUGAUGGGAAGUUGAGUCUGAUCUUUGCUUCCUGUUCAGCUGAAUGUGAUGAAUAAUGAAGCAGAUUCCUGUCUGUCAGCUGUUGUGUCACCUGGGUGUGUCAGGGGUGGGGACUGCAGGUAGUUACCUGCAGCCCCCUCCCCCUCCUCCUGUUGCUUCCUGUUUCUGACUUGUGCUGCAGAUUCAUCAGCUGAACACCAACAGACAGACAGACGUGAGUUUCUUCUUGUUUUUUCUUGUAUAUAAACCAUUUAAAUGUAUUUAAUGUUUGUUAAUCAGGUUUAAUUUGUAACAAAGUCAAACUCAACAUUCUGCUUUUGUUCUUUAAACUGAUUCUGAUUCAGUCACAAACUCUUAGUUCUCCUGAACGUCUCAUUCAUUAACAAACAAAUCAAUAUUUGGUUGUUUCUGCUUUGAUGGUAAAUUCCUUUAUGACCGAAACCUGCGGCUCAAAUCCUCUAAUGACCUGUCUGAGGAGGACACACUGCUUGUCUGUCUUUCUGCCUGUCUGUCUCUCUGCCUGCCUGUCUCUCUCUCUCUCCCUGUCUGUCUGUCUGCCUGUCUCUCUCUCUGUCUAUCUGUCUGUCUGUGUUUCGUCCUAUUCGUCAUAGCUGUAGAAUUCUGCAGAAUGAGUGUGUAUAUUAAGGUGUCAGGUAUCAGGUAGGUGUAUUCAGUGACUGAGAGAACAGAAUCUGUAUUGUGUCUCUGUGGUUGAACUUGUUUUCGGGCGAGGUCGCUCAUCAAACAUUUAGAGAAUUAAAGCCUCCUGACGGGAAGUAUACCUGCAGCCUCGGUGUUCAGGUGUGUGACUUUUCCCCCUACAGGUGACAUCAUGGCGUUUGAGGAUGCAGGUAAAGAGGCGGGGCUUCAGGUGUGGCGUGUGGAAAACAUGAAGCUGGUUCCUGUUCCUCAGAACCUGCACGGAAGAUUCUACAGCGGAGACGCCUACCUGGUCCUCAGCACCGGGCAGAACCGCCGAGGGAAGGCGAAGCAAAACCUGCACUACUGGAUAGGCUCAGACUGCUCUCAGGACGAGAGCGGUGCAGCAGCCAUCUAUGCAGUGCAGAUGGACGACGACCUGGAGGGCAAUGCGGUACAGUACCGUGAAGUCCAGAACCACGAGUCCAGUUCCUUCACCGGGUGCUUCAAGAAGGGACUCAAGUACCUGAACGGAGGCGUGGCCUCGGGGUUCAACGACGUGGAGACCAACGACAUAGACGUCCAGCGGCUGCUGCAGGUCAAAGGUCGCCGCGUUGUCAGAGCCACACAGGUCCCCUUCAGCUGGGACAGCUUCAACCAAGGAGACAGCUUCAUCCUGGACCUGGGAGAGGAAAUCAUCCAGUGGUCUGGUUCCCAUAGCAACCACUUUGAGAAGCUGAAGGCCACCAUGGUGGCUAAGAAUAUCCGUGACGAUGAGCGGUGUGGGCGGGCCGAGCUGACCGUCUGUGACGAGGGGGAGGAGCCAGAGAGGAUGCUGCAGAUUCUGGGGGAGAAGCCUUCGCUGCCUGACUCUCACAGCUGCGACGCCAAGAUGGAUGCCUUCAACAGGAAGACAGCAACACUGUACCAGGUGUCCAAUGCUGAGGGGGACAUCGAGAUCACCAUGGUAGCGGAGCAGAGCCCGUUCUCCCAGGAUGCUUUGCAGUCCAGCGAGUGUUUCAUCCUCGACAACGGAGCAAAUGGCAACAUCUUCGUCUGGAAAGGGAAGGAUGCAAACACUGCGGAGCGUCACGCUGUCAUGAAGACUGCAGAGAAAUUCAUUCAAAAGAUGAACUACCCAAUAUACACAAAGAUCCAGGUCUUACCUGAGCAUGGGGAGACUCCGCUCUUCGAACAGUUCUUCAAAGAUUGGAAGGACCCUGAAGACACCGAGGGCCUGGGGACGGCCUACGUAUCCAAUCAGAUCGCACGGAUUGAGAAGGUUCCGUUUGACGUGUCGGAGCUCCACCGGUCAGAGGCGAUGGCGGCGCAGCACGGGAUGGUGGACCGCGGAGACGGCGAAAAACAGAUCUGGCGUAUUGAAGGAUCAGAAAAGGUUCCGGUGGAUCCGUCAGUCUACGGUCAGUUCUACGGAGGAGACAGUUACCUGAUCCACUACCAGUACUGCCACGACAGCAGACAGGGUCACAUCAUCUAUAUGUGGCAGGGGACGGAGUCCAGCCAGGACGAGGUCGGCGUGUCGGCGCUCCUGGCCAUCGACCUGGACGAUGGACUGGGAGGAGCCGCUGUUCAGGUACGCGUGGUUCAGGGCAAAGAGCCUGCCCACCUCAUGAGUCUAUUUGGGGGGAAACCAAUGGUGGUGUACAAGGGCGGGACUUCCAGAGACGGCUGUCAAUCAGAGGUGGCCGAUACCCGCCUGUUCCAGGUCAGAGCAAAUCCAGCAGGAGACUCCAGAGCGGUGGAGGUGGAUCCGAGCUCCUCCAGUCUCAACUCCAGUGACGUCUUUGUGCUGGUCGCCCCCUCUGGAUCCUGGACCUGGAAGGGGCGAAGCAGCAGCUCGGCUGAGUUCGGGGGGGCGGAGCACCUGGCUGGACUCCUGCAGGUGACCCCCACCCUGCUGGAGGAGGGGGAGGAGGAAGGUGGAUUCUGGGAGGCCCUGGGGGGGCAGGGGGAGUACUGCCGCUCUCCCCGGCUGAAGAACAACAUGGAGGCUCACCCGCCGCGCCUGUUCGCCUGCUCCAACAAGACCGGCAACUUUCAGAUGGAGGAGGUCUCAGGGGAGCUGACCCAGGACGACCUCGCCCCUGACGACGUCAUGAUCCUGGAUACCUGGGACCAGGUAUUCAUGUGGGUCGGUAACGAAGCUAACGAGGACGAGAAGACGGAGGCGGCGGCGUCAGCUCUCAGGUACAUCGAGAGCGACCCGGCAGACAGGGACUCUGGCAUGCCGAUUGUCAUCGUCAAACACGGCUUCGAACCGCCGACCUUCACUGGCUGGUUCCUGGGCUGGAACCCCGAAUACUGGAGCCAGUGACAUCACUUCCUGUUUACACUUGUCUCACCUGAUGAAUAAAACAGUGACAUCAAUUCUUGUCUCACCUGAUGAAUCAAACAUGUCAUCACUUCCUGUCUCACCUGAUGAAUAAAACAGUGAAACAGACUUGUGACAGUUUAUUAUCUUUAUAAAUAUUGAUGAUAAAUAACAACAGAGACAAAAGCCACAGUGAACACAGCAGAGUCCAGGAGAGUCCAGUAGACUUCAGUAGAAUCCCGUGGAGUCCAGUCGGGUCCAGCAGAGUCCAGUAAAGUUCGGUAGAGUCCAGCAGAGUCCACUAGAGUUCAGUAAAGUUUGAUAGAGUUCUGUAGAGUCAGUUAGAGUCCAGGAGAGUUCAGUAGAGUCAGAGU